CUGCUCCGGCCGCUCGAGCUGAGGCCGGCCUGGGGCGGUGCUGUUUCGGCCUGCCCUGGCUGUGAGAAGCACCUGUGGGACCUGCAGGCCUCGCCGCCAUCAGGGUUCCUGCAAGAAUCAGUUAGCAAGAUCUACAUAGACUUGUUCCUAAGGGGAAACAUGUCUGAAAUUGACUAUGAGAAGUUAGCUGAAAUAGAACUGCAGAAAGAUGAAGCGGAAGAUGCGCAGUCAGAACAGGAGAAAACAUUUAUACCUCCACCGCUUGAGGAUCCUGAGCUAAAUGUCAAUCAUCCCUAUUACGAUGUUGCGAGACAUGGCAUCAUCCAGUUAGCAGGAGAGGACAAUUCUGGAAGGAAGGUGAUUACCUUCAGUUGCUGCCGCAUGCCUCCUUCGCAUCAGCUCAACCACACCAGAUUGCUGGAAUACCUGAAGUACACCCUGGACCAGUAUGUAGAAAACGAUUAUACGGUUGUCUACUUUCACUAUGGCCUGAAGAGUCUGAACAAACCAUCUCUGAAGUGGCUGCAAACAGCCUACAAAGAAUUUGACAGGAAGUAUAAGAAAAACCUGAAAGCACUCUAUGUUGUGCACCCAACCAACUUCAUAAAGAUUCUGUGGAAUAUCUUUAAACCUCUCAUAAGCCACAAAUUUGGGAAAAAAGUCACCUACCUCAACUACUUAAGUGACCUGAGAGAGCAUCUCAAAUAUGACCAGCUAAAUAUCCCUCAAGAAGUCCUCCGACACGAUGAAAAUCUUCGGAGGAAGCAGAAGGGAGAACUGCCACCUGUAGUUAAGGUUCCACCGCCACGGCCACCUCUGCCUACCCAGCAAUUUGGAGUCAGCCUGCAAUAUAUCAAGGACAAAAAUAAAGGCGAAUUAAUACCUCCAGUGAUGAAGGAAACUGUGUCCUACCUUAAAAGAAAAGGACUACAAGUAGAGGGCCUCUUCAGAAGAUCAGCCAGCAUCCAGACUAUCAAAGAUGUUCAGAAACUCUACAAUCAGGGCAAGUCUGUGAAUUUCGAUGAUUAUCACGAUAUCCAUGUUCCUGCUGUUAUCCUGAAGACUUUCCUUAGGGAGCUCCCUCAGCCGUUACUAACAUUUGAAUGUUAUGAUCACAUCCUUGGGAUCACCAGUGUGGAGAGCAGUUUACGAGUUACUAGAUGUAAACAAAUCAUUCAAGGACUUCCUGAACACAAUUAUGUCGUUCUGAAAUACCUGAUCUGCUUUCUCCAUAUGGUUUCACAGGAAAGCAUAUAUAAUAGAAUGACAGCAUCCAGCCUUGCCUGUGUCUUUGGUCUCAAUUUGGUCUGGCCCUCCAAAGGAACAGCCUCGCUGAGUGCUCUGGUGCCUCUGAAUCUCUUCACCGAGCUGCUGAUAGAUUUCUACACAAAUAUAUUCCACUCCCGGACAAUGCCUGGUGAGGUCUUACCUUAACACUUCCAGAAACGAAGAUGGAGUGUGGCUGCCUGAGGGAAAGGUCUCUGUGCCUCAACUAGUGGCAUCUCUAUAUUCAAGGUUCUCUCCUGUGAAGAAAACUUUUACUACAGAGUAAAGUUUCUAUAGCUUUCCAAAUACCAGAUAUGUUGGGAGACACACACUGCCCUUACCUGUUCUUAGCAUAUCAGGGAAAGUAUGAACAUGAACGUUCAACAACCAAUAGGCCAAAGCCAGUCCUUUUUUCAGACUUGAGCAUCUGCCAAAAACUGGUAUGCCAAACCCCAAAAUAAUUCAUGACACUACAUGCCAUUGUGCCUUGUCACUGGGCAUCUGGAGGCCUUGCUGUGUGGCAUUACUUUCUGCAUGGGCAGAGCUGAGUUCUGGAUCACUCCUGAAUGUACACCUUGGGUUUGAGGUUUUUUAAUUUUGCUUUAUUUGAAUACAAAAAAAUCCCUACUCAGUUAAUAAAGAUGGAGUAAAAUUUUAAGAUA